GUUGUAACAGUUUCUUUACAGAUUAUGUCUCAAAGUAGUGAGUUGGAAGAUGGUGAAUUUCCCGAAUCUCAAGAACUUAGUCCCAUUAUCAAAUAUGAAGACAAAAACAACCACAAUCACAAGCUGUACACACGCGGAGUUGGAGCAUUACUAGAUGGUAUGUUUCAAGAUCCAAAAUCCAAAGCCAAAUCAUUAAGUCCUGAGACUCCUAAGUUGCCUGCAAAAGAAAUAGAUACAUUGCCUAUCACUAAAACUCCAGUUAUGUCUGAGAGUUUCAGUCCUAUUAAAAUGAAAUUUGAACAGAGAUCAGACAUCAAACCAAGAGUUGUUUCAAUUGAGAAGCAGUUGGAAUCAAUAAGAAGCGUGUACCCAGAAUCAUCAAGAGCUGGGAGUGACUCAUUAGAUGACGAGAACACUGAAGACGAAAUGGAGAUAGAAGAAGAAAAUGUGAUUGAAGUUAAAAAAGAUAUGGCAAUUCUGGCUGUAAGAAGUAUAAAGUCAUUAGACUGUCCUCUGUGUACUGAGCGGUUCCAACACCCUCGAAUACUUCCUUGUAUGCACACCUUUUGCAGCUCGUGUAUUCAGAAAAGAAUCAGUGAAGAAAACGCAGUGAGUUGCCCAAUCUGCCUUCGUAAUGUCAAACUAAACUUGCCAACAGUUGACUUGUUGCCAAUAAACGCUAUUCUGGAUAAGCAUGUGAAACUUGUAGAGGCAGGUGAGGAAACAACUCAGGAAAAAGAGGUCAAAACGUGUAGUACUUGUGAGGAAUUUUCUCUCUAUUGGUGUUUGGAAUGUGAAACAGAUUUCUGUGAAAAGUGUAAAAAAGUGCACCUCAACAUAAAAGCAGUCAGCAACCACCAGCUCCUGACCCACAAGGAACUAAAAGAGAAUAUUGCUGUCACUUAUGUCAAAUCAGAGAACUGUGUACACCACAAGGAACAUGAACUAAACUUGUACUGUGAACCGUGUGAUGCUAUGAUCUGUCGGGAUUGCACACUCAUUAACCAUAAGAAUCACAAUUAUGGGUUUGUUAAAGAGUUUACUUCAGCCAAGAGGAGAAAACUUCAAGAGGAGGUCGAGAGGGCAAGAGCCAAGAUAGAGCCAUUAAAGCGCCUGAUAGAUGCAGUUGAAGAAGACACCAAAGAGUCAGAGCAUGAUGAGAAAGUCAAACAAGAAAUUAAAGAGGCUACUGAAAGUUUGAUCGCUCAGAUGAAAGCACAAGAAAAAACAUUGCUAGAAGAAAUAUCAACGAAGGCUAAGUCACGCUCAGAUCGACUACGAGGAAAAUAUAAAGAACUAAGAUACGCUGUGGACAGCUCCCAGUGCAGCCUCGACUUCAUGAGUGCUCUCUUCUACCAAGGAAACAUGAAAGACCUUGUAGGACUGGCACCCUUGGUGCGUACACGGAUAGCUGAGAUAACAGCUUAUCGGCCUGAAGUUGAGUUGAACAGGAGGAUUCCUAAGUUCAAGUUGUGUCCGAUAAGCAAGAUGCCAUCGCUCGGAAGAGUUUAUGGUUCCUUCAAUUACUGCAGUAUUGGAGAAAAUCCUCAUUUGCUCGGCACUGAGGGACAGGAGGCUGGAGAUUUCAAGUUUCCGACGGGGGUUACAUUCCACCCUCUUGGGUAUGUAGUUGUUGUAGACAGGGCAAAUUCUCUUCAGAUAUUCGAGAAAACUGGAUCCUUCCUUGAGGAGAUCACUACGAUGAACACUAAUCUUCUUGGACAACUAAAGAACCCUAAUGGGGUAGCUGUCGACAAGGCUGGAUAUUUCUACGUAGCUGAUAGUUCUAAACACAGAAUAGCUGUUUACAGCCCCAAGGGUAAAUUUACACAUGAAAUAGGAGCGAGAGGUAAAACACAGCCUCACUCACCCGUGAUAGGACACUCCGUGGAGAGGUCUUCUUCUCUGGAGGGUAGUCCUGUUGAUACAGCUCACCGCAAACCUUACCGGUCCGAUGAACACAGAUCACCAGCGGGAUACUACGACUACAAAUCAGCUGGGCUCAGUGUUUCCACCAGAGAUCACAUCAGGUCCUCACGUGACUACAGGGAUUCCUGGGAUUACAGGGACUACAGGGAUUCCAGAGAUUAUCGUGAUAAUCACCAUCACAGAGAUUCUAAAAGGAAAGGCUACGACUCUUACAUUCGUAGAGAUAGUAGAGACUCUUUAGAGACUAAGUCUGAUGUGACUAAGCGUGAAACAAGUGAUCCAUACCUCCCCAAGAAAAUAAAGCUGAACCCAGCUGAUGUAGAGUUGAAGGGCCCACGUGGGGUUGAGAUAAGCAGGACCGGGCUGGUGGUGGUUGCUGAUACCACUAAUCAUUGUCUACAUUUUCAGACCUGGCUCACGCAAGGAAUGUGUAGUUACCUGCAAGGAAUGUGUAGUUACCUGUGUAGUUACCUGAAAGGAAUGUGUAGUUACCAGCGACUGUUAAAGACGGUGAUUUGAAGAAAAUAAAGGUGAAGGUUUUCACACGAGAAGGUGUUUAUUUGAGAACUAUUGGCGAAGAAGGUGCUCUUCCAGGACAGUUGCGGACACCGAGCGGAGUAUCGUUAGACUCCCUAGAUAACGUGUACGUGACCGAUACGGAACUGCACCGUAUCACUGCUUACAAGAUAACCGGGACAAUACAUCACUCACUUCGGCAAAAAAGGUUCUGGUGAUGGAGAGUUCCUGUUCCCUUCAGAUCUAGCUGUGGAUAUUUGUGACAAUGUGUUUGUCUGUGACUGUGAUAAUAACCGUAUACAGGUGUUUGAUAGUAAGGGAACCUUCAUCCGAUCUAUUACCCUAGAACGAGCAGCCACCACCCUUAGGAAGCCCCUGGCUGUGGCUGUCGACAAAGAUGGCAAUGUGGCCGUAUGUGAUACUGGCAACCACAAAGUGUGGUUACUGUAGUGUGGUUACUGUAGAAGUGUGGUUACUGUAUGGUUACUGCAAAUAUGUGGUUACUGUGUAGAACACAUAUUUGUUCUCAUGAUAAACGUUUUGGUAUAAAUAACCACGUAUAAUGAAGUGUUACUUGUUGAAUUAUUACUCUGGCUAGACCAGUACAGAGAGUUGUUGAUCUCUUCUGUGUAUAUUUUGAAUUGUUAGCAGAUUUUCAGUUGUUUUUUCAAUUUGUUAAUCUUAUUUUUGUAACCCAAGGCCAAGGUUUGAGGCAGAAUUUCGGGCAGUAUCCAAAUAGCCCGCCCCUUUCCGCCGGCAGGUGUCCACGGACAGCUUGUCCGUGGGCAGGGGCGGGUUACUUCGAUACUGCCGAGUUUUGUUUAAGAUAGAUUUUAUUUUAUCGAUAUUUAUAAUAGACUGCAGGUUUGAAACCUUAUAAUCAGUGAUAAAUAUUUCUCAAAACUAUUCCAAAUGUGGUGUCCCCAAACGGAAAUUUAUCAAACAAUUUUUUAUCGUAUUUUUUACUCUGCAUUAUUAAAGUAUAAAUCACAAUCGUUUUUAACCAUUUUUUUUGUAGCGUGUAAUUUAAACGUGUAUUAUUUAACAAUUCACUACAUCAAAUUAUUAUGUUAUUAUGUUAAAGAAUACGCUUAAUUUGAAAUACGAUUUUAUAUUCAGAAUAGCAGCAACUAGCAAGUCCGUUACUUAUCGGAAUAUAUUUUGGAUAAGUUACCUAAUAUGUUAUUUCUGAGAAAACACCUAAGCUGCAUGCUAACUUUAUUCUUGUUUAGCAUUGUAGAAAACAGUCAAGAUAGUUUUCUAAAUGACUGCUUUAAAAAAAGUCUGAAGGUUUCUAAGAUUUAUCUUAGCACUAUCCCACAAGUUAUCAAUUAUUUAAUAAUCAAUUAUAUUCCAGUUCAUAUUAUUCUAUUCGCCAACAAAUUUAAAUUAUUGUCACCAUUAUUAACAAUAAAUUAUUAUCGUUAUCGACGCUGUUUUAUAACAACGAGUUUAUAAUAUUUUAAUAAUACUGCACUGUACAGUGUACACCUUGCAGUAUAAUAUACCGUUAUUCAAUUC